AGCAAAAACUCUCCCAUCUUUUUUGCAAUGGAAGGCUACUACUCUUGUCCAAGCCGGCCAAAACGAUGACAAUUCCCGUAGCGAAAAGCUCAAUGAAAGGCAACUCAUUUUACCGCAAUGUUUUCGCCUCAGCUUUGAUGGCCGCUGUCCUCUGCUCAGCUUUGAUGAGUUGGUCGAGCUCAAGGACGCUCUCCUUUGCCCUCGGAGGAACGUGGCGCUCAGCUAACGGCGAUGAAUUAGCUGUUGUAUGUGAAGGCGGGAGCGCGUGGACAAGCAUGUGCUUGCUUAGGCCGGCCAACGCCCAAUUCGACGGAGCGAUACGGGCUUCUCCACUCAACGCUGGUGGGUGGGUAGCUUUCCUUGAAGCAAAUCCGUUUAAUGUCUCCAUGAUGUACCAUCGCGGCAAGAUACUAACUGUGGUGUCGGAGCACCAGAACGGAGAUGCUAAAAGUGUGUCUUACAUUCGGGAUGAAGUACUGACAAAGGAUUUCGCAAGAGCAGUGCGCACGAAAGGUAAGUAUAUUGCCGCGCUUUUUCUCAUUGUCGGAACGUACAAGUGGGUGCAGGUGUCUUUUUUCGGGGCACCUCGGCGCCGGGUUCGGCGCUUUUGA